ACAAAACACAAAAAUUAUUAUAAAAUCAAAUCAAAUGGAAAUCCAAGCACUUCUAGGCCUUAGCUUGGCAUUCCUCUUCUUUUCUGGGGCUCACUCAGUGACAAUCACAUUAACAAACAAGUGCUCCUACACAGUAUGGCCAGGAACCCUAACUGGUGGUGGAGGGGCACAAUUAUCAUCAACUGGUUUUGAGCUAGACACCGGAGCUUCAACAACCCUUGAUGUUCCUGCUACAUGGUCGGGCCGAAUUUUUGGUCGAACUCAAUGCUCCACUGAUAGUACCGGCAAGUUCUCUUGUUUAACAGCCGACUGUGCCUCUGGCCAGGUUGCAUGCAAUGGCGCAGGUGCCAUCCCACCAGCAUCACUCGUAGAAUUCACUUUAUCCGGCUCUGGAGGAAAUGAUUUCUAUGAUGUUAGCCUCGUAGAUGGGUUCAACUUGCCUUUAUCAAUAACCCCACAAGGCGCAGCCAGUUGCCAAAGUACGAGCUGCCCGGGGAAUGUAAACAGUGUAUGCCCGUCAGAGCUAGCCAUGACAGGACCUGAUGGCAGCGUGAUUGCUUGCAAGAGUGCAUGUUUGGCUUUGAAUCAGCCACAAUACUGUUGCACUGGCGCUUUUGGCACCCCGGCUACAUGUCCACCUACCAACUAUUCCAUGAUUUUCAAGAACCAGUGCCCUCAGGCUUAUAGUUAUGCCUAUGAUGAUAAAACUAGCACAUUUACGUGCCCUACUGGAGCUAAUUAUCUUAUUACAUUCUGUCCUUAAGCUGGAAGCUAAGGGAUAAUUCCUUGUACACUAAUUGACAAGAAAUAAAAUCCUGAUUUUUUUU